AUGUUGCGAACUCUGGCAGCCAUCUCUUUCUUUGCUCUGCCAUCGCUGCAGAGCACAGUCUCAAAGAAGUUCGCGCCUCUCAAAUUCGCCAAGGAUGGCACCUUCCAGAUCUCAGUUCUGGAAGAUCUUCACUUCGGAGAAAAUGCCUGGGACACAUGGGGCCCCGAGCAAGACGUGAACUCUGUGGCUGUUAUCAACCGGGUUCUCAACGCUGAAUCGCCUGACUUGGUCGUUCUCAACGGCGACUUGAUCACGGGUGACAACGCAUUCCUGGAAAACAGCACUGUUUACAUCGAUGAGAUCGUCGCCCCACUCGUUGAACGUGGUUUGACCUGGGCUUCUACCUACGGCAACCACGAUAGUUCCUACAAUCUCUCUCGCGAAGCCAUCCUAGCUCGCGAGCACCGCUGGCCUAAUUCGAGAACGAAGCAGAUGGUCUUUGGUCGCGAGGCUGGUGUCUCGAACUAUUACCUCCCUGUUCACGGGUCCAAGGAUGAGAACUCUACUGGGGCUCCCGAGCUGCUGCUUUGGUUCUUUGAUAGCCGGGGUGGCUAUUAUUACCAGGAGCUGGAUUCGGCUGGAGACGAGGUUGCGCAGCCAAACUGGGUUGAUGUUAGUGUUGUUGAUUGGUGGAAGAAAACCAAUAAGGAGCUUGUGAAGAAGUAUCACAAGGAGAUCCCGUCUCUUGUUUUCGUGCAUAUCCCCACAAAUGCGUCGUUGGCUGCGCAGACGGAGAUUGGAAUCAAUGAGCACCGUGAACCGGGUAUUAAUGAUGAUUAUACCCUUGCGCAACAGGGUGAGGGGUGGUGUGCUGACGGCAGCGAUGCUAGCACUUGUGUCUAUGGUGGACAGGAUGUGCCUUUCAUGAAGGCCCUUGUUGAUACACCUGGUGUUCUUGCCGUGUUCUCGGGUCACGAUCACGGUGAUACUUGGUGCUACAAGUGGGAUAGUCAAAUUUCCGAGAUGACUGUCAAGGGCAAUGGUGUCAACCUCUGCUUUGAACAGCACUCUGGGUAUGGAGGUUAUGGAAGUUGGAUUCGUGGAUCGAGACAGAUCCUUGUGUCGGAAGAGAAGUUGAAGAAGAGUGUGAUUGAUUCCUGGAUUCGAUUGGAAUCUGGGGACGUGUCGGGCGCUAUCUCGCUAAACUCGACAUAUGGUGAGGAUAGCUAUCCCGCGACAGUGGAUCUGGAUUCAUCUUGCCCUACUUGCAACUAUACUCUCAACUAA